AUGAACGUAACCAAAACCAAAAAUCAAUCUGUUAAGGACUCUCCUCUGGAAGAACAAGACUAUAAAAAUUUUGUGGACGAAACUUCCAAGAAUCAAAUAAAUGAAAAUGAUUAUUACUCGCCUGACGACGAUGAUAGUGAUUCUGAAGAAGGUAGAGCGCUAACGAUUAAGCACAGUAUUUGCCUAACUACUCCUGAAAAAUUCGUUUCGUGGUGGAACGAAAACCAUCCAGAUUGCCAAAUUACAAUUGAUUCUCUUGAGGAAUGGACCUAUCGCGAAGAUGAAGACCCUUCCACCUAUAAUAUUCACUGGAGAGAACAUGGAGAUUAG